AUGGAUGAGGUGACGGAGCUAGAGCUGGGGAGCAACUCCCUCCUGAAGGCCGUGUGGCUCGGCCGGCUCCGGCUGACCCGGCUGCUGCUGGAAGGGGGGGCUUACAUCAACGAGAGCAACGAGAAGGGGGAGACCGCCCUGAUGGUGGCCUGCAUCACCACACACGUCGACCAGCAGAGCAUCCACAAGGCCAAGAUGGUGAAGUACUUGCUGGACAACAGAGCUGACCCCAACAUCCAGGACAAGUCUGGGAAAACUGCCCUCAUGCACGCCUGCAUCCGUGGGGCUGGGGGGGAGGUGGUGUCCCUGCUGCUGGAGAACGGGGCAGACCCCAGCCUGGAGGACCGCUCAGGAGCCUCGGCGCUGGUCCACGCCAUCAAUGCUGAAGACAAGGCUGUGCUGCAGCACCUCCUGGAUGCCUGCAGAGCCAAGGGGAAGGAAGUGAUCAUCAUCACCAUGGACAUAUCAGCCUCUGGCACUAAGACCACCAAGCAGUACCUGAAUGUUCCCCCUGUGCUGGAGUUCAAAGAGAGAGCCCCCCCUGAGGUGGGCGCAGCACCCUCCCAUGCCCACCUGAAAGCUCCCAUCUCAGCACCUUCCCCUGAAGAGAAGGAAAGCAGCAUUCUCACCCCACACGCUUCACACCCUGGAGACACCGGGGACACUGAGCCACCCUCCCCAGGCCAGAGAGCUGGUACUGCCCGGAAGGCCCACCUGCCACGGCUGAAGCGGCUGCGGUCGGAGCCGUGGGGUCUGGUGGCACCCUCAGUGCUGGCAGCCUCGGCACACCGUGAUGACACGCACAUCUGUGCUGAUGAGGAUGUCAUCAUGGGCAUUGGAGACCUCUCGCUCUCCAAAAAGACCCCCCUCAUUCGGAGCAGCAGCAGCAAGGGCAGGGACCCCGCUCUCUUUCCUAUGGCGGACGAGCAGGCAUUGGGGCUGCUGGCAUGGAAAGCCACCCAGGAGAAGAGCCCGGCUGCCCACCCACGCCUGCACCACAGCAGCACAGUGCCGGAGGAGCCAGAGAGCACCGGCUCAGCCGCCGGCUCAGCCGCGGGGAUGGACACUCUGCACUGGUGGAGGCCAGGCACGGAGCACAACGGAGACCCCCACCUCACCGAGAUGGGGAAGGGGCCAUCGGAGAGGAGGAAGCUGAGUGGGUCCCACCUGGCCUUGCUGGAUGGCUCACGAGAGUCUCCCUCUGGCAGUGCGAGCACAUCACCCAGCACUGUCCGGCGCCGACCACCUGGCUUGCUGGAGAGGAGAGGAUCCGGGACCCUGCUGCUCGACCACAUCUCCCACACGAGGCCAGGAUAUCUGCCCCCGCUGAAUGUGAACCCCAACCCCCCGAUCCCUGACAUCGGCUGCAGCAAAGCUCCCUCCCCGCUGGCUGCUGGGCUGAAGCCCCUGGUGCCCCUCACACCCAGCUCGCCCAGGCGGGGCGACCUGAGAGCCCGCAGGAAGCUCCUCCGCAGACACUCCAUGCAGGCGGAGCAGAUGCGGCACCUCUCCGAUUUUGAGGAGGUCGUGGCCCAGUAGCUGUGUCACCAUUUUCUUCCCAAAGCCACGCUGUCCCUGCAGAAACGGGACAGUCCCAGAUGGAGUGGUCACCGGCUCCAGGGACACACCGGUGGCCGCGGGGGUCAGACCUGAGCCCAGAGGCUGAAUCAGGAACGACCACCUGGGAGGCCAAUCCCAGACCGUCCGAGAUCGCCAGGCUCCGUGCCAAGGAUCCGAUCCUGCCUGCAGUUCCCUUAUUCCUCACUAGACACAAUCCACUUUUCAUCCAUCCCACUCGUUCUGACACCGAAUUCCCCCCGGAGCCCCCAGCAGUGAUCCCUGGGGCCGAGCGUUCAUGAAGUGCCUUCCAGGAGGGAAGGGGCUCAGUGUUGCGGGGGCUGGAGAAGCGGGAAC